AUGGCCACAAGUACUGUGACGAUCACUACGACACGCACAGCUACUUCAGCGAGCAUGUCAACGAUCACUGCGACAGGUACGGGUACAAUCACGAUAGUGAGCGAGACAUCGAGCAUCACCACCUCGGCCAGCGCUACGGCCAGUGGAACCGAUGCUACUACGACAGGCACUACCACCUCCACGACCACUCUCCAGACCGAGACAGUGACAAUGAUGGUGGAAAAUGUGGACUACGAUUCGCUCACGGCCAACGAGACACUCAUGGAUUCGUUCAAGCUCGCUUGCGCCGAGGCAGUUGCCACGCAAGCAGGCGAGGGUAUCUCGGCCAGCGAUGUGGAGGUGACAGUGAUCGACGGCUCCGUGAUCGUGGUGGCCCUCAUCAAAGUGCCGGACAGCAUCGACGUCAGCUCCGUGACCGACAACCUGGGCUCCUUCGACGCCCUCGCCGCCGCGGUGGUCCAGAGCGUGAAGGCCGUGCCCGGCAUCGCGAACGUCCAGACAGGUGACAUCGGCGUCAUCCAGACGACAACCACCACGUUGGCCAGCAACGAAGCGGCCGAGACCACAUCCGCUGGCAUUGGCCUGGUGCUGAUAGUUCUGGCGAUCAUCUGCGUCGGCGGGGUGUGUGGGGCAGUCCUCGCGCGGAUGACCAGGACGGACCUCGGGCGGGCUACGCCCAUCGAGUUCCUCGAGACCUCGCCCAGGAGCUCCGCCGGCAGGGUGACGGAGAAGCUGAAGCUCUCCGGGCAUGCUGAUGCUGAGGAAGAUCCGCAGAUGUGGGCCACGUCGAGGGAGACAACGCCGGGCGGUACGAGAGCGCCUGGCGAAGCGCCGGCAACGCUCCCGCAAGAGCUUCCUGGGUCGCAGUCGGGCUUGCGCCUCGCCGCUGCGGGGCAACAACCAGGCGCCGAGCAGGACCUCAUCAUGAUCCCAGUGGAUGGCGACACGGAGGAAGCCGACUGCGCGCCAUUGAACGGCACUGGAGAAAUUUCAGCUGAGGGGACGGGGUCCACGGUCGACGGAAUGGCCGACGAGGUGGUGGAUAACCAAUCCCGCAUGCCGUCGCUUGGAUAA